UCUUUGUCUUACAGAUCCAAUUUUCCGCCCGAACCCAAUUCAAUUUCGGUCGGAAAACAUGGCAACUGUCUCAACACAGGCUUCUUUAGCAGGUCUCCGGCCAUACACGUCGAAGUCAAGGUUCCUGACUGGAUCUUCUGGCAAACUCACCAGAGAAUUCUCCAUCAAAACUGCUGCUGCUUCAUCUUCUUCAUCGUCUUCCAGUUCGUUUAGAAUUGAAGCCAAGAAGGGCGAAUGGUUGCCGGGUUUAGCCUCCCCAGGGUAUCUCAGUGGCAGCCUUCCAGGUGACAAUGGAUUUGAUCCUCUUGCACUUGCAGAAGACCCUGAGAACUUGAAAUGGUUUGUUCAGGCAGAACUCGUUAAUGGGAGGUGGGCAAUGUUGGGAGUAGCAGGAAUGUUGCUUCCAGAAGUCUUCACAAAGAUGGGUAUCAUCAAUGUUCCAGAAUGGUACGAUGCAGGGAAAGCAGAAUACUUUGCGUCUUCAUCCACUCUAUUUGUGAUUGAAUUCAUCUUGUUCCACUACGUAGAAAUCAGAAGGUGGCAAGAUAUUAAGAACCCAGGAAGCGUUAACCAAGAUCCCAUCUUCAAGAGCUAUAGCUUGCCACCCAAUGAAGUUGGAUACCCUGGUGGCAUCUUCAAUCCCCUCAAUUUUACCCCAACUCUAGAGGCCAAGGAGAAGGAGCUUGCUAACGGAAGAUUGGCAAUGCUGGCAUUCUUGGGUUUUGUUGUUCAACACAAUGUGACAGGGAAAGGACCCUUCGAGAACCUCGUACAGCACAUCUCUGACCCAUGGCACAACACAAUUGUUCAAACAUUUGGGGGCAACUAAAUCAGAUUAAAGAACAGUGAUCCUGUUCCAUCUUUUGUACCCAAUGAGCCAAUGUGUUUUUGAGUGGGAUGAGCUUCAAUGUAGACAGGAAAAAGAAAAACCCUCCAAUGUAAAGGGGACCCAAGAACGUAUUAUCACUUCAAUU